AUGUCCGACUCGGGAUCCCCAGGCACGCCGGCGUCGUCUUCCGGGUGCUCCGACGUGGUGACGCGGGCAAAGCGGCGCCCGAUUCCUCGCAAAGGUCACACCAAGUCUCGCGGAGGAUGCGCCAACUGCAAGAAGCGCAAAGUCAAGUGCGAUGAGGUCACGCCGGCUUGCGGCGCGUGCCGUCGGCUGGGCUACGACUGUCUCUACUUUGAGAACAAGCUGCAGGUCAAAGCCCGCCGAGAGGAGCCGUUGAAGGCGCUGAUUGUAAGCCAGAAGCCAGCAAAGACGCUCAGCUGCGACCCGUCGUGGUUCACGCUGGACGACAUGCGUUUCUUUCAGCACUUCAUAUUUUCAGCAUACCCGUCGUUGCCGUUGGAUGGCUGGGAUAUCUGGCGCGAGGUCUCGCAGAUGGCCCAUCAGUACGACUUUUUGCUGCACGCAAUGCUCGGUCUGGGUGCCUCGCAUCUCUCAAUCAUUACUCCGAACAGCUACACCCGAGCGGCGCUGCGGCAUCGCGUCACGGCGUUGGAAGGAUUCAAAAAGUUCAUCUCGACUGCUGGCCAAUCGAGAGAGCACGCAGAUGCCGCAUUCGCGACUGCUCUUGUUUUGACAUUCCAGGCUACUCAAAUGAGAGACGGACUAAACGACUUUUUAACCAUGAUCCGCGGCUGUAACCUCAUAGGUACACAUGCGUCGGGCCAAUACGCGUCAUCGAGAUUUGCCGAAUUCGAAAAGGAACUAUAUCUCAAUAAACUGAUGAAAGUAGUUCCCCUCGACAGACCAAUUCCCCAUUUUGAUGAGGAGGCAAUCGGAGGGUUCUUGGGGAGUCUUGAGAAUCUGGGCCCGCUGUGCCGUAGCAUUGAAGAAUUGCAAUAUUUGGCCAUCAUGCGAAGCAUUGCUACCCAGGCUCUACAAAGCCCCGUGAGCGCGUUCUAUGAGCAUACCCGCAUAUACGACGUACUGUGCGAUAUUGACGCUGAGCAGUUCCCCGCCUUCAUCGACGAGUCAAAUUACACUGGGCGCCUGCUCAUUAUGCACAUGAUUGUGCUCGACUACGUGAUGGGCACGACGAUUCUGCAAGAACGUCGACAAGCGGCGCCAGCUGCAGUACCGAAAAACGUGUACGACUACAUCAAGAUGAUGCUCUUGACUUGGACACAAAGAAUACAGGAAAAGCUACCCGAGGAAUUCAAACCAUACGGCUUGUGGCCUGUUACUUUUACUCGCCAAUGCAUCGAUGAUGGAGAGAUGAAGUUGGUUGACUCUGGCGGCGACACGGUGAAGCUUGUGGGGGAAACGCUGCGGGAAUUGAUCUUCUAUGAGAAGAUUAUUCCCAUUUGA